AUGGUCUGGGGCAGUAUGUCAUCAAAACAAGUAGUGUUUCAGCAAGAUGGUGCAGCGUGCCAUACCUCAAAAAAGGCUAUAAAAUGGAUGGAAGAAAAUAAUUCAGAAAAUCCAACAAAAGUCAUCCGUUCUCGAAGUGUUUCGAAAAAGAUGAUCGCGACAUUUGUGUCAAAAGCGGGUCAUAUUGUAACAAUUCCUCUUAAUGAGCAAAGAACUGUUACUGCGGAUUGGUAUACCACCAUUUGUUUGCCAAAAGUCAUCACCGAGCUUCGAAUAAUCAACCCUGAAAGAAGAAUCAUCCUCCACCAAGACAAUGCAAGCCCGCACACAGCCCAGAAAACAAGGCAGUAUUUAACGGAAGAAAAUGUGGAAUUAUUGGGCCAUCUUCCAUAUAGUUCCGAUCUAAGUCCUAUCGAUUUCUUUACUUCCCCGAAAAUUAAAAACAAACUGCGUGGUCAAAGGUUCCAGUCACCAGAAGAAGCAAGAGUGGAGAAUUACCUACAAUAA